UAUAUAGCUGUUCGUGUUUUGUGUGGGAGUUAUGCAAAUCUUCACCAGAAUUGCCUGCUGUGAGGAAAGCAGAAGUGAAGAACGGGGCAAAUAAAAGGAAGUUUCAAUCCCCUAAAAUAUUAAACGACAGUUACAGAAAAGCUUUGUAAGCCCCGUAUUUUAUAGCAUAUCGUCCAAACAUCAGUGUAAAUAAUUUCCGUUAGGCUAUUACUGAACUAAUAGCUAAUACAAGCAAGUGAGACUUUGUAAAGUAGGCUACUGACUGUACAUCUCGCAGUGUCCCACUGGAUACUAUCCCAACUGUUUCCCACACUCCCAUAAGUUUGGGCUCUGGCCUGUUUAAAAUAGUGAACAUUAUAACUUCCUGGGGGCGGAAUGCGGUCAUUAUUUCUGGCAAUGUUUAAAGCGACGAGCUUCCGUUCAGCAGAGGGGGAACAUUAACACUGCUAAUACUACUCUGCAGUCAGCAGUCCGUCAGCUCCACCUCCCGCGAGAGAGAGUUCACACCUCUCGCAUCACUGCUCGGUCAAGUUCAAGAGAAGUCACAGAAGUCACAGAAGUCGAGAAAACUCACCUUGAAGAUGGUCUGAAGACCGGCUGCUCUGGAAUACACGCUCCGUGAGUCAAGAUGGGACGUGUCUCUGUCAAAACCGUUUGGAAAGGCACGGCGCUUCUGAUAUUUGUCAUGCUUCAGGGGUUGAAUGUGGAGACUACUACAGCUUCUCCAAAUACAAGCUCUCCUUCAACUGAGUCUCAAACAUCAGCUUCUUCAACUCCUGCAACUACAAGCUCUCCUUCAAUUGAGUCUCAAAUAUCAACAUCAAAGCCAGGUGUGAUCAGGAAUCUCAGUGUGGCCAAUAUCACAACAUCAUCUGUGUUUCUGACAUGGGAUGAACCAUUUGGUAACAGAUCUUUCUUUAAACUUCACCUGACUGAUGAUAAAACAAAUAAAACUACUAAUAAUACUUCCUAUAACAUCACUGAUCUGACUGCUGGAGUCAAUUACACAUUCUGCAUCAGUGCUGUGGCAGCAGAUCAAUCAACAGAAGGAGAAACUGUCUGCAUCUCACAAUUCACAAAGCCAGAUGUGAUCAGGAAUCUCAGUGUGGCCAAUAUCACAACAUCAUCUGUGUUUCUGACAUGGGAGGAAGCAUUUGGAAAUAGAUCUUUCUUUAAACUUCACCGGACUGAUGAUAAAACAAAUACAACUACUAAUAAUACUUCCUAUAACAUCACUGAUCUGACUGCUGGAGUCAAUUACACAUUCUGCAUCAGUGCUGUGGCAGCAGAUCAAUCAACAGAAGGAGAAACAGUCUGCAUCUCACAAUUCACAAAGCCAGACGUGAUCAGGAAUCUCAGUGUGGCCAAUAUCACAACAUCAUCUGUGUUUCUGACAUGGGAGGAAGCAUUUGGAAAUAGAUCUUUCUUUAAACUUCACCGGACUGAUGAUAAAACAAAUACAACUACUAAUAAUACUUCCUAUAACAUCACUGAUCUGACUGCUGGAGUGAGUUACACAUUCUGCAUCAGUGCUGUGGCAGCAGAUCAAUCAACAGAAGGAGAAACUGUCUGCAUCUCACAAUUCACAAAGCCAGACGUGAUCAGGAAUCUCAGUGUGGCCAAUAUCACAACAUCAUCUGUGUUUCUGACAUGGGAGGAAGCAUUUGGAAAUAGAUCUUUCUUUAAACUUCACCGGACUGAUGAUAAAACAAAUACAACUACUAAUAAUACUUCCUAUAACAUCACUGAUCUGACUGCUGGAGUCAGUUACACAUUCUGCAUCAGUGCUGUGGCAGCAGAUCAAUCAACAGAAGGAGAAACUGUCUGCAUCUCACAAUUCACAAAGCCAGAUGUGAUCAGGAAUCUCAGUGUGGCCAAUAUCACAACAUCAUCUGUGUUUCUGACAUGGGAGGAAGCAUUUGGAAAUAGAUCUUUCUUUAAACUUCACCGGACUGAUGAUAAAACAAAUACAACUACUAAUAAUACUUCCUAUAAUAUCACUGGUCUGACUGCCGGAGUCAGUUACACAUUCUGCAUCAGUGCUGUGGCAGCAGAUCAAUCAACAGAAGGAGAAACAGUCUGCAUCUCACAAUUCACAAAGCCAGAUGUGAUCAGGAAUCUCAGUGUGGCCAAUAUCACAACAUCAUCUGUAUUUCUGACAUGGGAGGAAGCAUUUGGAAAUAGAUCUUUCUUUAAACUUCACCGGACUGAUGAUAAAACAAAUACAACUACUAAUAAUACUUCCUAUAAUAUCACUGGUCUGACUGCUGGAGUCAAUUACACAUUCUGCAUCAGUGCUGUGGCAGCAGAUCAAUCAACAGAAGGAGAAACUGUCUGCAUCUCACAAUUCACAAAGCCAGAUGUGAUCAGGAAUCUCAGUGUGGCCAAUAUCACAAUAUCAUCUGUGUUUCUGACAUGGGAGGAAGCAAUUGGAAAUAGAUCUUUCUUUAAACUUCACCGGACUGAUGAUAAAACAAAUACAACUACUAAUAAUACUUCCUAUAACAUCACUGGUCUGACUGCUGGAGUGAGUUACACAUUCUGCAUCAGUGCUGUGGCAGCAGAUCAAUCAACAGAAGGAGAAACUGUCUGCAUCUCACAAUUCACAAAGCCAGAUGUGAUCAGGAAUCUCAGUGUGGCCAAUAUCACAAUAUCAUCUGUGUUUCUGACAUGGGAGGAAGCAAUUGGAAAUAGAUCUUUCUUUAAACUUCACCGGACUGAUGAUAAAACAAAUACAACUACUAAUAAUACUUCCUAUAACAUCACUGGUCUGACUGCUGGAGUGAGUUACACAUUCUGCAUCAGUGCUGUGGCAGCAGAUCAAUCAACAGAAGGAGAAACUGUCUGCAUCUCACAAUUCACAAAGCCAGACGUGAUCAGGAAUCUCAGUGUGGCCAAUAUCACAACAUCAUCUGUGUUUCUGACAUGGGAGGAAGCAUUUGGAAAUAGAUCUUUCUUUAAACUUCACCGGACUGAUGAUAAAACAAAUAAAACUACUAAUAAUACUUCCUAUAAUAUCACUGGUCUGACUGCUGGAGUCAAUUACACAUUCUGCAUCAGUGCUGUGGCAGCAGAUCAAUCAACAGAAGGAGAAACUGUCUGCAUCUCACAAUUCACAAAGCCAUAUGUGAUCAGGAAUCUCAGUGUGGCCAAUAUCACAACAUCAUCUGUGUUUCUGACAUGGGAGGAAGCAUUUGGAAAUAGAUCUUUCUUUAAACUUCACCGGACUGAUGAUAAAACAAAUAAAACUACUAAUAAUACUUCCUAUAAUAUCACUGGUCUGACUGCUGGAGUCAAUUACACAUUCUGCAUCAGUGCUGUGGCAGCAGAUCAAUCAACAGAAGGAGAAACUGUCUGCAUCUCACAAUUCACAAAGCCAGAUGUGAUCAGGAAUCUCAGUGUGGCCAAUAUCACAACAUCAUCUGUGUUUCUGACAUGGGAGGAAGCAUUUGGAAAUAGAUCUUUCUUUAAACUUCACCGGACUGAUGAUAAAACAAAUAAAACUACUAAUAAUACUUCCUAUAAUAUCACUGGUCUGACUGCCGGAGUCAGUUACACAUUCUGCAUCAGUGCUGUGGCAGCAGAUCAAUCAACAGAAGGAGAAACUGUCUGCAUCUCACAAUUCACAAAGCCAGACGUGAUCAGGAAUCUCAGUGUGGCCAAUAUCACAACAUCAUCUGUGUUUCUGACAUGGGAGGAAGCAUUUGGAAAUAGAUCUUUCUUUAAACUUCACCGGACUGAUGAUAAAACAAAUAAAACUACUAAUAAUACUUCCUAUAAUAUCACUGGUCUGACUGCUGGAGUCAAUUACACAUUCUGCAUCAGUGCUGUGGCAGCAGAUCAAUCAACAGAAGGAGAAACUGUCUGCAUCUCACAAUUCACAAAGCCAGACGUGAUCAGGAAUCUCAGUGUGGCCAAUAUCACAACAUCAUCUGUGUUUCUGACAUGGGAUAAGGCAUUUGGAAAUAGAUCUUUCUUUAAACUUCACCGGACUGAUGAUAAAACAAAUAAAACUACUAAUAAUACUUCCUAUAAUAUCACUGGUCUGACUGCUGGAGUCAAUUACACAUUCUGCAUCAGUGCUGUGGCAGCAGAUCAAUCAACAGAAGGAGAAACUGUCUGCAUCUCACAAUUCACAAAGCCAGAUGUUAUCAGGAAUCUCAGUGUGGCCAAUAUCACAAUAUCAUCUGUGUUUCUGACAUGGGAUGAAGCAUUUGGAAAUAGAUCUUUCUUUAAACUUCACCGGACUGGUGAUAAAACAAAUAAAACUACUAAUAAUACUUCCUAUAACAUCACUGAUCUGACUGCUGGAGACAGUUACACAUUCUGCAUCAGUGCUGUGGCAGCAGAUCAAUCAACAGAAGGAGAACCUGUCUGCAUCUCACAAUGUACAAAGCCAGAUGUGAUCAGGAAUCUCAGUGUGGCCAAUAUCACAACAUCAUCUGUGUUUCUGACAUGGGAUAAAGCAUUUGGAAAUAGAUCUUUCUUUAAACUUCACCGGACUGAUGAUAAAACAAAUAAAACUACUAAUAAUACUUCCUAUAAUAUCACUGAUCUGACUGCUGGAGUCAAUUACACAUUCUGCAUCAGUGCUGUGGCAGCAGAUCAAUCAACAGAAGGAGAAACUGUCUGCAUCUCACAAUUCACAAUGCCAGAUGUGAUCAGGAAUCUCAGUGUGGCCAAUAUCACUACAUCAUCUGUGUUUCUGAAAUGGGAUGAAGCAUUUGGAAAUAGAUCUUUCUUUAAACUUCACCGAACUGAUGAUAAAACAAAUAAAACUACUAAUAAUACUUCCUAUAACAUCACUGAUCUGACUGCUGGAGUCAAUUACACAUUCUGCAUCAGUGCUGUGGCAGCAGAUCAAUCAACAGAAGGAGAAACUGUCUGCAUCUCACAAUUCACAAAGCCAGAUGUGAUCAAGAAACUCAGAGUGACGAAUAUCACAACAUCAUCUGGGUUUCUGACAUGGGAUGAACCAGUUGGAAAUAGAUCUUUUUUUAAACUUAAGUGGACUGAUGAUAAAACAAACAGAAAUUCGUCAACUUCUAACACUUUUUAUCACAUCACUGAUCUAACUGCUGGAGUCAAUAACACAUUCUGUAUCACUGCUGUGGCAGCAGAUCAAUCAACAGAAGGAGAAACUGUCUGCAUCUCAAACUAUACCAAGCCAAAUGUGAUCAAGAAUAUCAUGACUAAAAUCACAUCAUCAUCUGUGUUUCUGAUAUGGGAUGAGCCAGUUGGAAAUAGAUCUUUCUUUAAACUUCACCGGACUGAUGAUAAAACAAAUAAAACUACUAAUAACACUUCCUAUAACAUCACUGAUCUGACUGCUGGAGUCAAUUACACAUUCUGCAUCAGUGCUGUGGCAGCAGAUCAAACAACAGAAGGAGAAACUGUCUGCAUAUCACAAUUUACAAAGCCAGAUGUGAUCAGGAAUCUCAGAUUGAACAAUAUAACAACAUCAUCUGUGUUUCUGACAUGGAAUGAACCAGUUGGAAAUAGAUCUUUCUUUAAAUUGAACCUGACUGAUGAUAAAACAAAUACAAUUACUAUUAACACUUCCUAUAAUAUCACUGGUCUGACUGCUGGAGUCAAUUACACAUUCUGCAUCAGUGCUGUGGCAGCAGAUCAAUCAACAGAAGGAGAAGCUGUCUGCAUCUCACAAUUCACAAAGCCAGAUGUAAUCAAGAAUAUCAGAGUAACCAAUAUCACAACAUCAUCUGGGUUUCUGAUAUGGGAUGAACCAGUUGGAAAUAGAUCUUAUUUUAAACUUCACUGGACCGAUGAUAAAACAAACAGAAAUUCAAAAACUACUAACACAUCUUAUCACAUCACUGAUCUAACUGCUGGAGUCAAUUACACAUUCUGCAUCAGUGCUGUGGCAGCAGAUCAAUCAACAGAAGGAGAAACUUUCUGCAUUUCACAAUUUACCAAGCCAGAUCUGAUCAGGAAUCUCAGAGUGACCAAUAUCACAACAUCAUCUGUGUUUCUGACAUGGGAUGAACCAGUUGGAAAUAGAUCUUUCUUUAAAGUUCACUGGACUGAUGAUAAAACAAAUAAAACUACUAAUAAUACUUCCUAUAACAUCACUGGUCUGACUGCUGGAGUCAAUUACACAUGCUGCAUCAGUGCUGUGGCAGCAGAUCAAUCAACAGAAGGAGAAGCUGUCUGCAUCUCACAAUUCACAAAGCCAGAUGUAAUCAAGAAUAUCAGAGUAACCAAUAUCACAACAUCAUCUGGGUUUCUGAUAUGGGAUGAACCAGUUGGAAAUAGAUCUUAUUUUAAACUUCACUGGACCGAUGAUAAAACAAACAGAAAUUCAACAACUACUAACACAUCUUAUCACAUCACUGAUCUAACUGCUGGAGUCAAUUACACAUUCUGCAUCAGUGCUGUGGCAGCAGAUCAAUCAACAGAAGGAGAAACUUUCUGCAUUUCACAAUUUACCAAGCCAGAUGUGAUCAGGAAUCUCAGUGUGGCCAAUAUCACAACAUCAUCUGUGUUUCUGACAUGGGAUGAACCAGUUGGAAAUAGAUCUUUCUUUAAAGUUCACCGGACUGAUGAUAAAACAAAUAAAACUACUAAUAAUACUUCCUAUAACAUCACUGAUCUGACUGCUGGAGUCAGUUACACAUUCUGCAUCAGUGCUGUGGCAGCAGAUCAAUCAACAGAAGGAGAAACUGUCUGCAUCUCAAAGUUCACAAAGCCAGACGUGAUCAGGAAUCUCAGAGUGAACUAUAUCACAACAUCAUCUGUGUUUCUGACAUGGAAUGAACCAAUUGGAAAUAGAUCUUUCUUUAAACUUCACCGGUCUGAUGAUAAAACACAUAAAACUACUAAUAAUACUUCCUAUAAUAUCACUGGUCUGACUGCUGGAGUCAGUUACACAUUCUGCAUCAGUGCUGUGGCAGCAGAUCAAUCAACAGAAGGAGAACCUGUCUGCAUCUCACAAUGUACAAAGCCAGAUGUGAUCAGGAAUCUCAGUGUGGCCAAUAUCACAACAUCAUCUGUGUUUCUGACAUGGGAUGAACCAGUUGGAAAUAGAUAUUUCUUUAAAGUUCACCGGACUGAUGAUAAAACAAAUAAAACUACUAAUAAUACUUCCUAUAAUAUCACUGGUCUGACUGCUGGAGUCAAUUACACAUUCUGCAUCAGUGCUGUGGCAGCAGAUCAAUCAACAGAAGGAGAAGCUGUCUGCAUCUCACAAUUCACAAAGCCAAACAGGAUUAUAAAUCUAACAGUGUCUGAAAUCACAACAUCAUCUGUGUGUCUGACAUGGGAUGAACCAGUUGGAAAUAGAUCUUUCUUUAAAAUUCAGUGGAUGGGUGAUAAAACAAAUGGAGGUUCAACUACUGGCAGUUCCUAUAACAUCACUGGUCUGACUGCUGGAGUCAAUUUCACAUUAAACAUCACAGCUGUUGCAGCAGAUAACUCAACAGAAGGAGAAUCAGUGCUUACCUCAAAAUACACUAAGCCUGACGUCAUAAUGAACCUCACAGCUGUUGAUAUUACAACAUCCUCUAUCUUUCUAAACUGGACUAAACCGAAUGGUCAAAGCUCCCGUUAUCGUGUAGAAUAUGAAAAUAAGAAUGUGACUACUGAAAACACCUCCAUCAAAAUAACUGAUCUGAUUCCUGGAGCACAGUACACAUUCAAAGUGUUUGCAGUUGCAGCUGAUAAUGUGACCGAGGGAAGAGCCAAUCAGAUUCUACUGUAUACAAAUUCCCCUCCGAAUAACACUCCAAUGAUUGUUGGUGUAGUUUUGGCAGUGAUCUGUUUUCUCUUCAUCAUCACUCUCAUUCUCUUCUUCUAUUCAAGACGACAAACCAAAAAACAAUGUCCCGACAUCCCUAUACAAACCAUUAGCAAUAAAGUUAAUAUUGGUUUGAGAAUAGAGGAUUAUGAAGAGCACUUUAAGCAGAAACACAAGGAUUCCAACUGUGGUUUUGCUGAAGAGUAUGAGGAGUUGAAAACGGUUGGAAUAGCACAGUCCAAAAACAUUGCCCUGGCUGUUGAAAACAAGCCAAAGAACCGUUACAGCAAUGUGCUACCUUAUGAUGCUUCAAGAGUGAAGUUAUCAGUGUGUGGCAGUCCCUUUGAUGAUUACAUCAAUGCCAACUACAUCCCAGGCUAUAAUUCAAGAAAAGAGUUUAUAGCAGCUCAGGGUCCACUGCCCGUCACAGUGAAUGAAUUCUGGAGAAUGGUCUGGGAGAAGAAUGUCUUCACCAUAGUGAUGCUGACCAGAUGCAACGAGAUGGGACGAGUGAAAUGUGAAAAGUACUGGCCAUCUGGGACUAAUCAUUAUCAAAACAUCUCUGUGACAACCACCUCAGAGAUAGACCUGGAGAGCUGGACCAUAAGAGACUUCAGAAUCAAAAAUGUGAAAACAGCAGAAACUCGCUAUGUACGUCAGUUUCACUUCACGGCGUGGCCGGAUCAUGGAGUUCCACAGACUACUGAAGUCCUCAUUGACUUCAGACACCUGGUCAGAGAACACAUGGACCAAUACUCACGCCACUCUCCAACUGUGGUUCAUUGCAGUGCCGGUGUGGGAAGAACAGGGACCUUCAUUGCCAUUGACCACCUGACCUUCCAGAUUGAAAGAGACAGCAUGGUGGACAUCUAUGGAAUCGUUAAUGAUAUGCGCAUACACAGGCCUCUUAUGGUGCAGACUGAGGAGCAGUAUGUUUACCUCCACCAAUGUGCGUAUGACAUAAUUCGAUCAAGAACUGGAACCAACGUGGACUUAAUUUACCAGAACGCAGAAGCUAUCAGCAUCUAUCAGAAUUUAGAAUAUCAUAAAUCAUAAAUGUCCAUGGCAUCAAGAUGGCCAUUGGCCAACAAUCAGAGAAAUUUAAGACUGCAGAAAUAAGCAUAUUUUAAGUUUCACAUACACGCACACACGCACACACACACACACACACACACACACACACACACACACAUAUAUAUAUAUAUAUAUAUAUAUAUAUAUAUAUAUAUAUGCACACAUAGCUGGGUGUAAUUCAUUUCUUACAAUACUCAAAGCUUUUGAGUAAUAUUUGAAUUUUAAUGAAUACAUUUAAAAGGUUACACCGGAAAAUACAGCCAUUUUCUAUGAUAAUAAUUUAAAGUAAACAGCAAGUAAUUGUAUUUAUGAUAUUUCAAUCAAGAGAAUUUCGAUCAAGAGGUCUUUAUUUGUUUUAUCUUUAUGUUCAAAAGAGAUAUUUGUAUAAUUUGACAAUAUAUUUAAUGCAAUAUCAAACAUCUGUACAUUUUAGUACUGACAUGAUUGGGGGCCUUCUCAGGGUGUAAAAAAAAAACAUUUCAAUGUUUAUAUCUUCAAAGCUAUUUAGAGAAAUAUAAUGUAUCAUGCUUAUUUUUUUUAUUUAUUUUUUUUUACACUCGAAGGCACUUCCAAUCUAUCAGUGUACACUAUAAAAAAAUUUAUACUGUUUGCUGUUAUAGUAAUAAUUAAACAUGAAGAAAAUAGGACGGUUAUGGUACAGUUUAGCAAUUAUUAUGUUGUAGAUUUUGCAGUGUGCAAGAAGCUCAACCUGACCUGCUGUGCUGGAUAUGAGAAUUUUCUUGGGAAUUGUAAUUUAUGUUGCAUUUUGUUUUUAUUGAGUUAGUGUCAGCCUUUUAAUUUGAUAAGACAAGCAGCUUUACAUGAUUGCUAAUGGCUAACAUAACCCAAAUUAUGUCUGAAAUGUAACUGUAACUGUACAUUAAUGUCCUGUUCACUGCACAUUUGUUUAAAAGCAAUCACACUUUCAACUGGGCAGUUAUUAUAGUGAGCACAUCUGGGAAUAGCUACACUCUUUUUUUUUUCUUAAUUUUAUAAAGCACUGUUCAAGAUAUUUUUACUGUUGAUACUUUUUUUAUGAUCAAUACUUGGAAUACUUUUAUUUAAUGUUUUAUUUGUAUUUGAACAACAGUGCACUAGCAUCACUUUCAAACUGGAGACUUGAUGAAAAUCAUUCUCACUUGUUUCUAGCUUCUGUAGCUUUUGUGAACUUAUUUGUGUGUAUGGAUGCUAUUAACAAAACUUAUUUUUUUUUAAUCAAAUGAUGAUCCAUUCUUUGGGAAGCAACUGAUAAAAUGUCGGAAACAAUGAACACAAUGCAUAUAAAAUAAAUGAAUUUUAAGUACUCUA